AUGUAUUGUAUUGAUAUAUCUUCUUCAUCAAGCACAGACUUAGUCGAACAAUAUUCAACAUCAUCAAUUGAAAAUCUUUUGAAACAAAAAGAUCAAUCAAAACAAUUUAUGGUCGUCAAAAAUGAUCAAAAAUACGUCUCAUCACCUGCUUGGUCUACAUUUGGUUUUCCCGCUAAACGUUUUGAAGAUGGUUCUUGCCAACGAAUUAUUGGUUUUGCCAGUUGCUUUGCAUGCAAAGAUACUUAUUCAUAUCAAUAUGGUGGUAGUGGAAGUACAAAAUAUCUAUUACGACAUCUAACUGCUCACGAUUGUACAUUAAUUCGAGAUGAAUUAACAAAAUGGAUAUGCUCAUCUGUUCGUCCGUUCAAUAUUGUUUCUGAUCCAGGAUUGAAAAUUACCUUACAAACGGUUAUGAAUAUUUGUCAAAAAUAUCAAGGACCAAUUAAUGCUGAAGAUAUUCUAGUAACACCACCAACAAUUGCAAAUAAUGUACAUAAAUUAGCUGAAUAUUAUAGAUCAUUAAUACGACCUGUAUUAAUUGACCAAGCUGAGUCUGGUGCACUGUGUGUUUGCCCAGAUCUCUGGAAUGAUCAAUAUAAAAAAGUGGAUUAUUUAGGUUUAACAGCUUUUUUCGUUACGUCUGCUCAUGGAUUAUAUUCAUUCGAUUUAUGCUGUGCUCGAUAUAAUGAAAAUGAUAAAACAGGUCAAUCUGUUUUACAAAUAAGUAGAUUAGUCAAAAAUAAAUGUGGAAACUUCGGAUUUAAAUCCGAGUGUUAG